UCAUCUCUUCAGGAAGAUGAAGAGGUAGAUAUGGAGGCUGUCAACUGGCAGCUGAACAACACCUCCAUGAAUGGGCAUUCAUCUACCCCAACCACAGUUCGCUUUCCCAGCUGGGUGACUUUUGAUGACAAUGAAGUCAGUGUUCCACUGCAGAACCUUUCUCCCUUGAAAACAGACACCCCACCUGCAGAGACACAGACUCCAGAUGUUAACUUUAACCUCACUACAUCCUUUAAGAAAAGAGAACGUCCUAAAAGCACAUUGGGUGACCUCUCCAAAAUUCAAAAACUAGAUCUCUCCUUCUUGACCAAGUUGCCUUCUGUUGAAACACCACCGUGGAGUGCUACUAAUCCCUUCCUAGAUGAAUCUCUGCGAGAUGUCCAACCCUCGCCCAUCAAUCCAUUCAGCUCAUUCUUUGAGGAGCGAGACAGGCGUUCCAAAAGUUCUUCUGUCUGCAGUGCUCCAGACAAAAGCCAAAGAGACUCUCUCAUUAUUCUCCAUCAAGAGCCUGAUACCAUCAGUUUCCAUGAGGCAAACAAAAGUGUAACCCACACGGAUGCUGUAGAGCAGCUCAAGCAACUCCAGAUUGGAGACCCAGAUCGUGUGAGCAGCCCUACCUUGCCUGAUGAUGAUCCCAUGAUGCCAUAUGAUCUGGAUGCAGCCUUAUUUAACCUGCCACCAGCUCAGCCAAAGGAUGGAUGGCCAAUGAUGCUCAGGAUCCCAGAAAAGAAGAAUAUUAUGUCAUCCAGGCACUGGGGACCAAUAUACGUCAAGCUGACUGACAGUGGGUGUAUACAGCUUUUUUAUGAGAAAGGAUUAGAGAAGCCUUUCCGGGAAUUCAAACUUGAAAUCAAUCAUGAGCUUUCAGAGCGCAAACUCCAGAACUAUGAUGAGAAUGGGAGGAUACACAGUGUGCGGUUGGACCGCACAACCUACAAGGAGAAAAAGAAGUAUCAGCCUAAACCAGCCAUUGCUCACACAGCAGAGAGAGAGCAAAUUAUCAAGCUUGGGACUACAGAUUACGAAGACUUCCUUAGCUUCAUCAGUGCUGUGCAGGACACACUAAUGAACUUGCCAGCCUCAUCAACAGAUCUGAGCACAGUGGGACUAAACUAUCAAGAAGAAGAAAUCACGGUUGAUGUCCGGGAUGAGUUUCAUGGCAUCUUGGCCAAAGGAGAUGGUGUGAUUCUCCAGCACAGUGUGCUGACCCAUAUCUAUGUUCUCAGCUUCCUUUCUGGCCUGGCAGAAUGCAGACUGGGCCUUAAUGAUAUCCUGAUCAAAGGGAAUGAAGUAGUUGCAAGGCAGGAUAUUAUGCCCACUACUACCACUAAGUGGAUUAAAUUGUACAGCUGUCGGUUCCAUUCAUGUGUAGAUGAGGAUACAUUUAAUAACUCGCGUAUUAUCCUGUUCAACCCCUUGGAUGCCUGCCGGUUUGAACUGAUGCGAUUUAGAACUGUCUUUGCUGAGAAAACUUUGCCUUUUACGCUGAGGACAGCUGCCAGCAUCAAUGGUGCUGAGGUGGAGGUUCAGAGCUGGCUAAUGAUGUCCACUGGGUUCUCGUCCAACCGCGACCCUUUAACUCAGGUCCCUUGUGAAAAUGUGAUGAUCCGCUACCCAGUGCCAAACGAGUGGGUGAAGAACUUCCGCAGGGAGAGCGUCCUGGGGGAGAAAUCUUUGAAAGCCAAGGUGAACAAGGGUGCCACUUUUGGAUCAACCGGUCUGUCUGGUUCUGAGCCAGUAAUGAGAGUAACUUUGGGAACGGCCAAAUAUGAGCAUGCCUUUAAUUCCAUUGUAUGGAGGAUAAACCGACUGCCUGACAAAAACUCAGCUUCUGGCCAUCCUCACUGCUUCUUCUGUCACUUAGAGCUUGGCUCUGACCGGGAAGUGCCUUCCAGUUUUGUCCGCUAUGUAGACGUGGAAUUUGACAUGCCCACCACUUCUGCGUCCAAAGCCACCGUUCGGUCCAUCUCUGUUGAGGACAAGACCGAUGUGAGGAAGUGGGUCAACUAUUCAGCACACUACAGUUACAAGGUCGAAAUAGAGCAGAAAAAAACAUUGAAUGAAGACUUGAAGGGAGAAGAUACUGCAAAUGUCAAUGAAUGUGCUACGCAGUGA